AUGCCUGUCUUUCACACGAAGACGAUUGAAAGUAUAUUGGAGCCUGUGGCCCAGCAGGUAUCCAGGCUGGUGAUCCUUCAUGAAGAAGCUGAGGAUGGAAAUGCAAUGCCAGAUUUAGACCAGUCUGUCCGAGUUGUCAAAGUGGCUGUGGAUAAUCUGGUCAAGGUUGGCUAUGAUACAGUUGACAGCAGUGAUGACCAGAUUCUGAAGCAAGACAUGCCUCCAGCCCUGAAACGGGUCGAAGAAUCCUCCAACUCUCUGCUAGAAGCUUCAGAACUGCUUAGAGCAGACCCUUACUCAGGGCCAGCGAGGAAGAAACUCAUAGAGGGGUCCAGAGGUAUACUACAGGGCACCUCCUCCUUGCUGCUGGCAUUUGAUGAGUCUGAAGUCCGUAAAAUCAUCAGGGUGUGUAAGAAUGUUCUGGACUAUCUGGCCAUUACAGAAGUUGUGGACAGAAUGGAUGAUUUAGUGACAUUUAUUAAGAAUUUGAGCCCUGUUCUCACAAGAAUGACCAAGGAGGUGGACUAUCGAGAAAAGGAACUGACCCAUCAGAUUCACAGAGACAUGCUGAUUAGAUCUUUGGAACAGGUUAAGGUCCUGACUCCAGUGCUCAUCAGCAGCAUCAAGAUUUUUAUCACUGCCAGCCAAUCAGACCAAGGUGUGCAGGAAGCACAGAAUAAUCGGGAUUACACUGUACGUAAGAUGUCAGAUGAGAUACAUGAGAUUAUCCGUGUCCUGCAGCUGACCACGUAUGAUGAAGAUGAAUGGGAUGAAGAUGACAUCACAGUGAUGAAGAAAGCACAGAAUGUGAUUGAAGGUAAAAUGAAGCCUGCUAGUGACUGGCUGAGAGAUCCAGCAGCCCUAAUUGGGAGUCUCGGUGAUAAGGCCGUCCAUCAGAUUAUCGAAGACUCACGAAAGAUUGCAGAAAGAUGUGCAAAUCCUGGGGAUGCUGAAACUAUACUGCGAAGUGCCAGUAAUGUGGAGAGCAUGGUCAAUGCUCUGUCUGAACUCAGGCAGCAAGGAAAGGGAAGCAGCGAAUCCGCUGACUUUCUUUCCCGGAGCAUUCAAGACCAGCUGAUGAAACUCCAGCAGCAGACGGCACAAGCAACCAUCAGCACUGAACGCAGUGGUAUCCGCAAGCCUGCCCCUACAGUGGAUGGCAAGGUUGAACAAGCUCGUCAGUGGCUGGCAAACCCUGGCCUUGAUGACAACGGACUGGGUGAGUCUGCCACGCGUUUGGUGGUCAGUGAAGGACAGAAAGUUGCCAGCUGCUGUACCGGCCCACAAAGACAGGAACUGCUGAAGCUGUGUGAAGAAUCAGAGAUUCUAACAAAUCAAAUUUCUGAACUGAAAAAGAAAGGCCAGGGGCAUGGACCUCAAGCCAAGGCUAUUGCCCGUCAUCUGGAUGAGAAGCUAACUACCCUUAAGGUCAAAGUUCAGGAUGCUCUUGUCAGUCAGGUAACUGAAGACUUCAUUGACACCUCCACACCCCUGAAGUUUCUCAGCGAAGCCUCAAUUGUCCUUAUAGGAACACCUGGUCGAGAUGACAAUUUUGAAGACAGAGUUCGUCAGUUUCAGGAGCAGUCACUUCGACUGGCCAAUACUGCUAACUCAGUGGCAACUGCUGGUGGCUGUCGGGACAAACAGACUGUGGAGGCCAUAUUUAAAAAUUCCAGCCAGCUGAGGGAUUUGACACCACAGGUCAUCUACGCUGCCCGCAUUGUAUUUUUGAAUCCCAAUAAUCAAGCUGCAGUUGAGCAUUUUAAUCAUCUGUUAAAGAAGCAGUGGUCAGAAAACAUGGAUAAGGUUCGAUCCUUGGUGGAUGAAGCUUUAGACUCUGAGGCACUUAUUCGCGCACAAGAACAAGGCAUCUUGAGAGACACAGAGAAAGUAGAAGAAGGAAUCAGGGCUGAGGACCCACCCAAGAUUGUUGCUGGUGCCGCAAACAUUGCCCGUCGAGCUGAUCGAGUCCUUCAGAUGGCAGACAUGGAGGUGCAGAACAGUGAUGAUCCUGUCUUUGUGAAUCGUGUCAGCAAGGCUUCUGUGAUUCUUUCUGCAA